CAGGCACAGACUGCACUUCACUGAAGGAAGGAGCUCACGUUACGAUGUGCUCGAACCUCCCCAGAACAUGUUUAUAUCUCCACUGCGGGGACGUCUGGACCAAUCUUAGGGUCAACUUGCAAAGUUUGAAAACUCGUUUUUUCCCCCAAGAUCGACAGAGAUGAAGUUGGAGGGUUUAUUGUGGAUUCCUGCUUCUUCCACAAACCCAGACUUUGAAAAACUACAGAUUCUCAUGUAAAAGAUCUAAGCAAAGGCCAUGAGAAUGUUUGUUUUACUGGCUCUUCUUCUCAGCCUCCAGGCAGUUGUGCACAUUAAACCAGCUAAAGCCAAUCAUUCCUGUAAAAUAACAUCUGAUAUGCGUUCAGCAGACUGUAAAGGUCUACGGCUGGACCGUGUGCCUAUAACAAAUCUGCCGGCCUCUCUGGAAGAGCUAGACCUGUCUUUCAAUACCAUACAGGUCAUCAGCAAACAAGAUUUUUUCAAACUUAGUCCUCUGCGAGUCCUCAAGCUUAAUUUCAACAACAUCUCUCUGAUUGUAGAUGAUGCUUUUCAGGGAAACAUUUUUUUGGAGAAUCUAAACUUAUUUAAUAACUCUCUGACAGAAAUUCCAUUUAAAGCUCUUGAGCCACUAACAAAUUUAAAGGUUUUAGAAAUGUCCAAUAAUUUGUACACACAAGCAUUUCUGGAUGCUUCUUUUUUAAAUUUCACCCAGUUAAAAGAGCUAUCCAUUGGUGGAUCACUGGUCAGUAGUUUGGGAAGCCGUGACAUUUAUGUGUUGAAGAACAUCUCAUUGGACAAAUUUGCUAUUAAAACUGGUACUGGUUUUAAAAGUUAUGAACCUGGGUAUUUCAGCAACCUCAACACAAAAAACUUGUGGUUCGAUAUAGCUUUUGACAAAAAACCAGAAAUGCUUCUUAUGAUAUUGAAAGAUCUGGCAAACAAGACUUUUGAUAUGCUACGUUUCCGAAACCUUUUUGAAUUUCAGUACUAUACUGGUAAACAGGAUAUUUUUAAUGGCCUGCAGUAUGUAAAGACUCAGCUCCUAACCUUUUUUCGUGGUAAAUUCAAUGAGGAAGUUAUGAGAAUGGCUCUGGUAAAUUUGGAAAUCAGUUCAAUCAAAGGCCUGGAACUGCUGCUCAUUGACUUUGCUCGUUCACAGAAUAGAACACCGGGAUCCAGUGUAACAAACUUGAUCUUGGAAAAGCUGGUGCUCUCGGACAUCAGUAAUCCAGAUAUAAUGCGCUUCGACUGGAGCUUUACCUGGCUCAGUCAUGUCCGCCAAUUCAUUGUAUGGAAUGUGAACUUCAACAGCGUGCCGUGCGACUCGUGGUCGGAGAUGAAAAGUGUGGAGCUUCUGGACAUCUCUAACAACCAGCUGAGGGACAGUUAUAUUUAUAACCCACUAUGUGACACUAGAAACGUACUGCACAAUCUUGAAACCUUCAACGUCAGUCGCAAUAAACUUACCAGCCUCAGUGACUUGGCAUCUCUGACCAAAGACUUUGUCAAGCUGACUACAAUCGAUAUGAGCCACAACCAGCUGCGAUCUAUGGGAAACCGUGUCUGUUCCUGGAGACCGACCAUUACCAAAGUAAUCGCUCAUCAUAAUAGUCUGACGAGUGACAGUUUUAAUUGCCUUCCCACUUCUGUAAGCUUCCUCGAUCUUUCAUACAGCAGUCUAGACCAGCUUGACAUGGACUAUUUUAAUAAGGCAUCCAAUCUGACCGAGCUCCUCCUCAGCGGCAACAAGAUCAAGUUCAUCCCUUCCGGCUGGAGGAAUCCAUACUUGAGGAUGCUCGCUUUAGAUGGGAACUCCUUUGGACUUGUUAGCCUGACGUCUUUUAAGGACAUGCCUAGCCUACAUGUCCUGACCGCAGGCAACAACCCUUACCACUGUACUUGUGAUCUCUAUACCUUCAUACAGGAAACCACAAGCAAGGGCAAAGUGACCAUCACAGACUGGCCAAACAACUACAAGUGUUACCAUCCUGAGCAUCUUCUCAACACAAUGGUAUCACAAUACUUCCCUGGUCAUUUAGCCUGUAAUAUUACACUUGUUAUCAUCAUCUGUGUGUCAACAACGGCGGUCGUUGUCCUUGGUCUGACGCUUCUGUGCUACAUUUUUCAAAUGCCAUGGUACAUUAAAGCUACAUACCAGAUCAUCAGAGCCAAGUACAGGGCCCAUAAAGAAGGUUCAGGCCAGGCUGUGGAUUACACCUUUCAUGCUUUCAUCUCUUACAGCCAUGCGGAUGCAGACUGGGUUCGAAACCAUCUGCUCCCUUGUCUAGAGAAUUCUAAGCCUCCUUACCGCCUCUGCAUCCAUGAAAGAGACUUCACUCCAGGGAAGUGGAUCAUUGACAACAUCAUUGAGAACAUUGAAGAUAGUCGCAAGGUAAUCUUCGUGUUGUCGUGGAACUUCGUGAACAGCGAGUGGUGCAACUACGAGCUCUACUUUGCCCAACAGCGGGCCAUUGGCAAGACGUUCAGUGAUGUUAUCCUGAUUGUGAAGGAGCCCAUAGACCCCACUUCUCUUCCCAGUAAAUUCUGCAAGCUCAAAAGGAUGCUCGAUACCAAAACCUACCUAGAGUGGCCCCAGCAACCAACAGAACAGAGCUUUUUCUGGGUCCAGCUGAGAAGUGUUCUGGGCAAACCAAACAUCAUAAGACAGCGUACGACCAGCCGACAUAGCCGCCUGUCUUCAGUGAGGUCUGUUUCCCUGAUUGAGCUGCCACAGGACCAGAGUUCUGCAGGUACAGAUGAAGAUGGCCACCAAAUCAAUGAUGAGCCUUCUAAUAGAUGUCAACAAACUUGCUUGAAGGACAUAAAUAAGGUUAUCAGUGGCAAAGGUGACCAGAAAGAACAUGCAGCUGUUUUCCCAACAUUCAGAAUAUGACAUGCAGCAUGGUAACUGAUCUGCAAUGAUGUUAAGCUAAGAUUCGUCUAAACCAGUUUGUCUGACUCACUGGUGGCAGAAGGACUGGAAAAAGUUAAUUCUGAUUCAUAUGUUCAGUCAGUGAGCAAAAACAAGUAGACAAACCACAUGCUCAACAACACACAUGCUCACUCUGAUAAUCAAUACAGUUCUAUUUACUUUAGUAUGCCAGUAUAUAUUUAUCUUAAUUAGGGUAGUGAACUGCAAUACUGUUCUCACACCUUAUGACCGUAUAUAAUUGUCAUUAAAUAAAGUUUUAAUAUAUUUAAACGAAAAUAUUUAACAUUUUAAAUUAUUUUGCAAAUACACUCUCUUCAGAUUUGAUGCAUUCAUUUUCUACCUUUCUUUGCCAGACUUUUAAAUGUAUCUAUUUUUGUACACACAAAUGUAUUUUGUAUCUGUGAAUUUCUGAUUAAAAAAUGAGACACCUUUUUUUUUUUUUUUUGGAUAAAAAAAAAAACUAAUGGUAAUGGCAGGACUAUGAAUAGAUAGAUGGAGAAACAGAUGUGCUUGAUUGAUUUCUGAGGAGAAAAUCAUUUUAAGUAAAGUUGCCAUGGAUACUACAUAAAAUAGUAUCAUUCCUGUAAAAAAAACUUCACAUUCAACUCUAGUAAUGAUGUUUUUAUGUCUGCUCUAUUUAGUUCAUAAAAUUUAUUUUACUGAACAGAUGGAUCCUUGCAAAUAAACAAGAAGCUAUGACGCAUCAUGUUAUCCGAUUUGCAGCCUUCCUUGUUUACCUUCUCGCGUGAUUUUUCUGAGUGGAAACAUUCAGAGCAAUAAUAAAUGUGGCAGAUGUGUUUAGUCA